AUGAACGGUGUUAUCGGAGUGGCUGACCUGCUCCUAGACACGGCUCUGAGUGAGGAGCAGCGCAUGCUAGCAGAGACCAUUCGCUCCUGCAGCGAGGGGCUGCUGCAGAUUCUCUCAGACAUCCUGGAUCUGAGCAAGAUAGAGAGCGACAAGAUGGAGCUUGAGGCCACACAGCUGGACGCCCGGCAGCAUCUUAUGAGCUCCCUUGCUCUCUUCCGCACGGCGGUGCAGGACAAGGGGCUGCAGCUGAACGUGCGGGUGGCGCCAGACGUGCCGCAUGCGGUAACGGCCGAUGCAGUGCGGUUGAGGCAGGUGCUGCUAAACCUGGUGUCGAACGCCCUCAAGUUCACCCACCACGGCCGCAUCUCCGUCUCCCUCUCCCGCCUCCGCCCCUGCCCCGGCUGCUGCUGCUGCUCCCCCUCCCCGGGCCACUCUCACGCGUCUGCUGCUCCGUCCCUUGAGGAGACCCAACGCAGGGAGGGCGUGGCGGCACCAGGCGUGGAAAACGAAGGGAGAGUCAAGGAGGGGGAAAACACCAGCAAGGAGGAGGGGAAAGGAGGAGAGGAGGGAGUGCAAGAAGCAGGCAAGGAGGGGGAAAACACCAGCAAGGAGGAGGGGAAAGGAGGAGAGGAGGGAGUGCAAGAAGCAGGCAAGGAGGUGGGCGCAUGCAGGGUGGUGCUGCAAUACACGGUGGCGGAUUCAGGCAUCGGCAUCUCGCAGGAGGGGCAGAGCCGCCUGUUCCAGGCCUUCACCCAGGCGGACAGCAGCACGUGCAGGAGAUUUGGCGGCACAGGGCUGGGACUGGCCAUUUGCCGAGCGCUGGUGACGCUCAUGGGAGGCACAAUCGAGCUCACGAGCAAAGAAGGCGAGGGCUCGACUUUCACUUUCACUGUCUGUGUCGGAGCACUCAAGGACAGCCCCGGCCAGACCUCCACUGCUGCCGAGCCUGUCGAGUACCUGCAUCGGAUCUCGGGGGGCUCGCACGGUGGAGAGGCGGAGACUCAAGGCAUGCUUCUUGGGCGCAGCUCGGCACAAAAAGACAUGCUCCCUGUUCUUGAGUCGACGCGGAGGUCACCUGGAUUUGAGACGGUGACUUUAGCUGGGGAAGAGGGAGGCGAGGCACGAGGUUUGCGGUUUUCUCUUAGCAGCGAGGUGACUUUUGAGUCGACUCAAAAGUCAGCUGGGGAAGACGGAGGUGAGGCACGAGGAGUGCGGUUUUCUCUUAGCAGUGUGGUAGUGCCGGCUGGUGCUGUUGAGGACGAGGGCACGGAGGGUUGUAUGGAUGGGCGGCAGGAUGGGCGGCAGGAUGCAGGGCUGCACGUAGCGCCUGGGGACCGGGCGGCUGGGUUACCGCGACGACGGGGAAUGAGAGGAAGCUUCUCGGAAGGAGACAUAAUGUUGAUGGAGGAGCGAUUCGACCUCGUGCUCAUGGACUGCCACAUGCCUGAAAUGGACGGCCUAGAAGCCACGAGGAGGAUCCGACGGAUGGAAACAGAGCGAACUCGUGAGCAGCUGGCAGGGAGAAGCACAGAUGCAUGUACAGAGACAGGAGUCGCCACCACAGAAGCCAUGCCGCCACAACAAUCGAUGGCAAACAAUGGGAGCGAGACCGGGGAGGCUGUCGUGGAAACAGUUGGAGAGACAGUUGAGUCGAGUAUGACAAGCGGAUCAGGAGCAGGAAGCGGCCGUAAUGGCGUGAUAGCGGCGCCAAUGUUCAUAGUGGCAUUGACGGCGAGUGCGUUUGAUUUCGAGCGAGAGGCGUGCUUCUCGGCGGGGAUGAAUCAUUUCCUCACCAAGCCCAUUCGCCCAAAGGACCUUCAGGGGCUCAUCAAACUGCUGCAGGUGCCUUAG